AUGGCGUAUAGAUGUGUGAACAACCAGCUCGUUUACCCGACAACAUCUACGACCGACUCCCCAAACCCGACAGGCACACCAAUACUUCCAAAUGGCGGUGUAGAAUGUAUAGAAGAGCCAACAAGAUUGCAUCUUAGUGACGGACCUUACGAGAACUAUUUCUACGGGGAUUGUCACUCCAGCUCUCACGUGGUAGUGACGAGCCCACUUGAUGAUAGCAAUUUGACUUUUAUUAGUCCACGGCUUCUGGUUGCUUGGGCCUCUGGCAAUAGUGGCCUUCUUGCAUUCUUCCAACCCCAAGAUGGCGUAAAUGGUAGUUUGACGAUUCAACUGGAGGAAAUGCCAUCAGGAAAUACGAUCGAGGGUGUGUACGAGUCAGGCUCUUCCAGGAAUCCGGUCGUUGGGGUAGCCGGAUAUGUGAGAUUGAACUCGUCUGCUGUGUUGACCAUUCCUAUCCUUGGAAGUAUACGGACAAUGCGAGACUUUACCGAAGGUCCAAGUCUCCUGUACCCUAUCAUUCAAGAUGCCCUGAUAAUUGAGGAGAUUGCAAACUCUGGAGUAUCCAUCAGUAGGACAUGGCUCGACAAUGUCACAACUACACAGUUAUCGUUCACACCAGUCGGGGAUGCUGGGAUUAAAACUGACAACGGGACCUUAUUUUUCGAGUCCGGUACUUAUCAAUUUAAUGCAACUUUCGACUAUCCACAGCUCGAGCGGAUCAGCCCUGACGCGGUUCUCAAUCCUUCGUCCUAUGCUUUGCUCUCUCAAGCUACAGAUCAGGCUGUUUCUCUAUCGUUUCUGUCCUAUACGGACAAGCUCUUGGCAGGGACAUGGCGGUUCCUUACGUACUUCGGUCGAGACACAAUGAUAGCAAUGCUCUUAUUGCAACCAGUACUAAGCGAAGGAAAAGACAGUGCCGUCGAAGCAGUCAUUGGAGCUGUAUUGGAGCGUGUCAACUCGACUGACGGCAGUGUCUGCCACGAAGAGACGAUUGGUGAUUAUGCAACCUACUUGAAUAUUCAAAACAACAUUACGUCAACAGACCCGCAGUACGACUACAAGAUGAUCGACACAGAUUACUUCCUUCCAAUCACGAUGGAAUACUACUUUCUCCGUAGUCCCAUCGGACGAGCACGCAUGGCCGACUUCCUAGAGACGAAGGCCACUGUAGACCCCAACAAUGCAGGAAUGUCCUACCGCGAUCUGGCCUUGGUCACGGCCGAGCGUAUCAUGGAUCUAACGGCAGCUUUUGCUCAGCCAGGCGGUCAAACUCGUGAUAAUUUGAUACGUCUCAAAGAAGACCAGAUUGUCGGCCAGUGGCGUGAUUCCACUUAUGGCAUAGGAGGUGGACGCAUUCCGUACGAUGUCAACACUGCGCUGGUCCCAGCUGCUCUUCGCUCAUUGUCCCAGCUAUCGACUGCAGGUUUCUUCCCGGAACACCCUGAAUGGAGCACCUUAGCUAGUCGAUACGCAGACAUCUGGGAGGAAUCAACCCUAGAUUUCUUUUCUAUUACUAUCAACACUGAAGAAGCUGCGUCCCUCGUAUCCGAUUACGUCACAGACAAUCAAUUCUCCUUCCCGUCACAGGCAGAAACACUCACGUCCCCCAUCAACUUCUACGCCCUCGCCCUCGAGGGCAACAACAACCAAGACCUAGUCCGCGUCAUGAACACCGACGACUGCUUCCGGCUCUUCCUUCUCAACUCCACGAACCAGGCCCAACUCACCGCUUUCAUGGAUCAAGUAUCGACACACAUCCUCGCGCCCUAUCCCGUUGGCUUGAGCACCGAUGCAGGCCUGCUAGUUGCGAACCCAGCAUUCGGCGGAGACCCGGUGUACUCAACGAACUUUACAAAUUCCGCGUAUCACGGCACGGUUAUUUGGUCCUGGCAGCUCGCCAUGAUGGCGGCCGGACUGGAACGACAACUUGAUCGCUGUAAUUCUGACUCGCAGCCGGAAUUUUGUGCGAAUGAGAUGCUGCAUGUGAAGAUUAUGGACGCGUAUAACCAUCUUUGGGACUUGAUUGAGGAUAACGAAGAUCAAUUGAGCGGCGAGGUAUGGGGUUGGACUUAUACGGAUGGCCGAUUCGAGACGACGCCGUUGGGCAGUCUGCCGCCGCCUCCUGAUGGGACGAGACCGGAAAGUAACAUCCGACAGCUGUGGAGCUUGACCUUCUUAGCUGUGAGGCGGAAUAGUGAGUUUUCAGGGACCCGGCGCUGA